UACAGGAGUUUUAGGUCAUUUUUUCUUGAAUGCAGUACUGAAUGGAGGAGCUGCCAUGUCAUAGUUUGAUAACAAUCUGGAAAAACGUUUCACGGAAGAAUAUAUGAAAAUAAAUGCUCAGAAAUGUCUGCAAAUCUUACAAAAACUCAGGUGCGAGAGCGAAAAAGCCUGGACGCGACCACUGAUCAGAUGGAUACUUGCUUGGUUACGAUCCGGGGCCUGCGGGACUUGGCGCAGAAAGAGGCGAGCCUCGUACAGAAUGCCCUGAGGGACAUGGAGAACAACCUAAUUGAUCCUGUGUACACCCUGGAGCUCACCAAGAGUAUUCACAGAUCUGGAAGCAGAAACAUCGAUGAUUACGUCAAGAGGAACACAGAAAUUCUUUUGAAUGAGCAUGCGACUGUUGUGAGACAGAAUGUCAUUAGGAAAAUGAAAAAUCAAAUCCAAGAGAUGAAUGCGGAAAUGAGUGAAGAAGCCAAGAAGCUGGGAGAUGAUAUCUCCAAUUUUUUCGAUUUCAUCCAAAAUAGUUACUCGCUGGCGUCCAACAGUUUUAAAAAAGUCACUGACAUCGCGAAGAGGAACUACGACAAAGUGGAGUUGGUGAUGGUAUCCGAAAACAAAUUAUUCACUCUUAAGACUGAGUUGCAGGAACUAGAACAGCAAAUGUUGGAGUGUCUGAUGUGUUCGGAAUUUUUGAAAACUUUGUCACCUGAGAGAUAUGAAAAAGAAGCUUUCCAUAUACGAAAAGAGUUUCUAAGGAGCUUCGGGCCCACUUACAGUGACGAGCAGCGGGAAUCUCUGCAGAAAGAAGUCCUGGAGGAACUGCUCGCUAAGUGGAAACUUGCCUCACCUGUCGAUGUGAGCGGCGUCUCUUCCGCCGAAGUGACGAAGCUGAUCGGGCGUCUCAAGGAGAGCAACCUCUCCCUGGUGCACUUCAGCAGGGGAACCUCCGCAUUUGAGACGACGGAACUCGCAGCACUGAAAGAGCAAAUGAAUGAUGAGCUGACUGCAUGGGAUGAGAAAAUAGCGAACGCAGAAGCAGAACUGGAAUUAAUCCAAAAAAUGCAUGACAAAUUGAAGAGACAAAUAUGGGAUUUAGAAGCGGAGAGCGCUAGGAACAAAGAACUGAGGGAAACGGAAGUGAGGAAAAUGGCUGAAAUAUACAAGCUCUGCACGGGCAGCGAAGUUCAUGUGACCGACCCUGUUUUAAUGCGGGUUGCCGUAGAUCACAGCAUGCAAGGAAUUUUGAUCGAGAUGAAUACACAGCCGAGGAAAAAAGUCAAAGAACUCCUCAAAAUACUUGAAGCCGAAAAGAAGCUGAGCGAAAGAAAAGCCGAGGAGGCUAUGAGAGCACAGCGGGCGACCGAGAGACUGCGGAAAGCUCUCACUCCGGCCAUCGGAAAGGAAAGAAAGCAAGCCAAGAAGAAAUCAAAGUAGAGAAACGAGCCGUGGCAAUUUAAUUUACAUCUGUCUCCACGAGUGGUUCCUCCGGUAGAAAAUG